AUGAUGCGAAUUAAAGAGGCUAUCCAGAGGAGGAAGCUGAUCCAGCAGCUGAAUGACGAAUACACCGACGAUCCAAGUAGGAUACCUUUUUAUUGUUAAAUCAAACGACAAUAAUAUUUUUAUUUUAGCGGGAAAGCCAGGUUCGACAACUCCAAGUAUUUGUGGGAGGAAAAGUUCGGAUCUGAGUCGAGUAGAAAGCGAUGAUGAUGCGCCUUCCGAGGCUAUGACGUCCAUGGCUCUUCACCAUUUUGUUGGAGAAUUUGGGUCACGAUUAACAGAGAAUCAUGUGAGACUCUGAGUAUUACAGUAAUCCUUUUUCAGAGAAGAGCUUUGAGAGUUACCUGGAAAAGACUUAGCGAAGCUCCGAAAACGUCCGGUCGGGGGACCUUACAGAUCAUGGAGAAGGUAUUCGAUAGACUGAUGGAGAGUGAUCCGGAGAUCAUGGGAGUCUUCUAUAAAAGUGCCUUUCUCAAAUGUGUGGAGGAUCGGAAAAGAAGAUGCUCUUCCGGAUCCAUCGCUACUCUGAGGGAUCAUGCCCAUUUGAUGAUUGAUUUCAUUGAUGCGAUCAUGGCCAUUAUGUUCGACAUGCCCUUGCAGAAACCAGUUUGGGAUCCAGCAACCAUCGGUAAGUAGAGGGUUGAGAUCAUUGCAGACCAACAUUCAGGUCGCGCCCAUGCCAGGUUAAUCCCCUUAGGGUUUAAGCGACAAGUCUGGCAUAAGUUGGGGGAAUGUUUUGCCGAGAUUAUGUUCUCUCAAGAAUGCGUUAGAGCUUAUCCACAUGCAGCCAGUGCCUGGUCGAUGCUGAGUGUGGCUUGGACCGAUAGGAUGUAUACCCAUAGCAGACAAACAGUAGGUAUGAUUGUAGUAUAACAUAUAGAUUUGUAGCGUGAGAUGGCACUUCAGCCAUACACGCCUACUUCAUUCAGUACUUGGUCUGAUCCUUCUCCCUAUACCGCCUUGGGCACUCCUUAUGGGUUUGGAUCACAAUACAACAGUCCUUUGAUGCAACGACACAAUCGUGCAAGACAACGGCAAAGGCGGGCACAUACUACUCCCAAUUCAACCAGAUCAAGUCGAAGUGCCUCAGUCAGUACUCGGAGACAGAAAAGCGAAGAUCGGGACAAUCCCCGCCAUCGGCAGAACAAAACCGGGUCUCGGUCUACACUCAAUUGA